AUGGCAACCAAAAAAGUCGUGCCCUAUGGCAAAUGGGAGAGUGCCAUCAGUAUCGAAGAUGCCACGGCGGGAGCCAAGAUUUUGUCGUCUCCAAGGGCUUGUCCGCAGCCUCUUUCAGGAAGAACCUUCUUCCUAGAAAGUCUCCCCGAUGGACCCAACACCAUCAUGGAGGCAACCAGAGCCGCCGACGGUUCGGUCCAGGUUAAGUCCGUCCUACCAGAGCCGCACACAUGCAGCACCGACGUCUACGAGUAUGGCGGCCUGUCCUAUGCCCUCAUAUGCAAAACGGGAAGCCCCCUGAGCAUCAUAUUCUCCGACGCCAAGAACAAGGCCCUCAAGCUGCUGACCGUCGAUUCGGGCAAGGUCGAGACCAUCGUCCAGUCGUCCGUCCUGCGCUUCGCCGACUUCGACCCGCACCCCCGGCAGCCCUCGCCGUGGGUCCUCUGCGUCGAGGAGGACCACACCGACCCGGCCCCGGACCGUGUGCGCAACUACGUCUCGGCCAUCAACCUGGACGCCAGGACCGUGACCCGCAUCGCCGCCACUGCCGAUUUCUACUCGUACCCACGCUUCAGCCCCGACGGAGCCUGGGUCGCCUGGCGGGAGUGGAACCACCCGGGCCUGCCGUUCAAGGACGUCAAGCUGAGCUGGGCACGCUGGAAGGGGGACCAGGGGAGGCUGCUUGGUGACGUCGAGGUCGUCGCGGGUGAGGAUGGUCAGCUCGUGGGUGAGAUGCACUGGGCGCCCGACGGGACGCUGUUCUUCUCCCACGAGCAGACGGGGAUGGAGUUUCGGCAGCUUUUCACCGUCAAGCCGGGAGAGGGCAGGGGAAGCGUGAAGCAUUUCAGGCUGCAGGGUCUGCAAGGGGUCGAGUUUGGAGACGUCAGCUGGUUUCCUGGCUUCCAAACGUUCACUUUUCUGUCGGCCUCGAACAUGUUGGCCGUCUACACCAAGUUCGCUACCAGCCAUCUUAUCCACAUCGACGUGACUACCCAGGAGUGGACAUCCCUCGACGUUUCACUUCAUGACAUGCGAAUCGACCCCCUAUGCGCCAUCAACGAAUCUUCCUUCCUGGUCCUUGGAAGCGGCCACACCACCCCUCAGGCCGUCUACAGCGUGACCUUGACAGCCGACGCCCAGAUCAAAGACAAGACGGUGCUGCACCGGUCAACAACAACCAGCACCUUCCCCCAGGAGAUAUUCUCGACACCGCAGCACAUCCAACUCGAGUCCGAGACGUCCAAACCAGUCCGGCCCAUCCACGGCUUCCUCUGGCCGCCGACCAACCCGCACUUCACCGGGCCCGAGGACACGGCCCCGCCGCUGAUCGUCGGCACCCAUGGCGGGCCGACGGGCCACUGCACGCCGGGGCUGGACAUGCACAAGCAGUUCUGGACGUCGCGCGGCUACGCCGUCUUCUACAUCAACUACACGGGCUCGACGGCGCACGGCCGCGCGUACCGCGAGCGGCUGUUUGGCAACUGGGGCGUGCUGGACCGCGACGACGUGCCCGAGGCCGUGGCGCACCUCGCGGCGCGCGGGCUCGCGGACGGUGCCCGCGUCGGCAUCGAGGGCGGCAGCGCCGGCGGCUACCACGUGCUGCAGUCGCUGGUCUGGCACCCCGGCGUGUUCGCCGGCGGCAUCUGCUACUGCGGCGUCUCGGACGUGUCGGCGCUGGCCCGCGAGACGCACAAGCUCGAGUCGAGGUACAUGGACCUGCUCGUGCUCGAGCCGGGCAUGACGCCCGACGACAGGGAGGCGAGGCUCAGGGAGCGCAGUCCGCUGCACCACGCCGAACGCAUCACGGCGCCGCUGCUUCUCGUCCACGGCGACAGGGACACCAUCGUGCCCAUCAGCCAGUCGGUUGAGAUCAGGGACCGGGUUAGAGACAAGGGUGGCGACGUCAAGCUCGUGGUCCUCCCGGGAGAUGGGCACGAAUUCAAAAGGGUGGACAAUCUGAAGCUUUGGAUGGAGGAGGAGGUCCAGUGGUGGGAGAAGACGCUGCUGAGGUGA